UUCAGUUUGUCAAAUGAAAAAGAUGCCCACGCCAGUGGCAGCGAUGAGAACUUGGAGCGUGGCAACUGGUCAAACAAAGCUGACUACCUGCUCUCCAUGGUGGGCUAUGCUGUGGGCCUGGGCAACGUCUGGCGGUUUCCCUACCUCACCUACCAGAAUGGCGGAGGUGCUUUUCUGAUCCCCUACACCCUGAUGCUGGCAUUAGCUGGCUUGCCCUUAUUUUUCAUGGAAUGUUCCCUUGGGCAGUUUGCCAGUCUAGGGCCAAUUUCCGUCUGGAGAAUAUUACCAUUGUUUCAAGGAGUGGGCAUCACGAUGGUCAUCAUCUCAACGUUUGUGGCGAUCUACUACAACGUUAUCAUUGCUUAUGCACUCUACUACUUAUUUGCCUCAUUUCAAAAAGUGCUGCCAUGGUCGGACUGCUUUUCCUGGGCAGAUGAGUUCUGCAGCAAAACACGAUUAGUAAGUGACUGCAAUGCAACCUUAGAUGGAGAGAUCAUUCAUGCAAACUACUCGUUCAUCACAAACAACAAUCUCACGUGUAUUAAUGGAACCAUUAACUACAAACCAGUGCAAUUUCCCAGUGAGCAAUACUGGAAUAAAGUGGCUCUUCAACGCUCGAGUGGGUUGGGUGAGACUGGUAACAUCGUGUGGUACCUGGCUCUCUGCCUUCUCCUGUCCUGGAUAAUUGUUGGAGCUGUGUUGUUUAAAGGAAUAAAAUCUUCUGGAAAGGUUGUCUACUUUACUGCGCUCUUCCCAUAUGUCAUCCUGCUCAUCCUGCUGGUGCGAGGUGCCACCCUGGAAGGUGCUCUGGAUGGCAUCGAAUACUACAUUGGGAGACAGUCCAACAUCACCAAGCUGAUGGAGGCGGAGGUUUGGAAAGAUGCAGCCACCCAGAUAUUCUACUCCCUGUCUGUGGCAUGGGGCGGGCUUGUUGCUUUGUCUUCAUACAAUAAGUUUCACAACAACUGCUACUCAGAUGCUAUUGUCGUUUGUGUAACCAACUGUGUCACCAGCAUAUUUGCUGGGUUUGCAAUAUUCUCUGUCUUGGGACAUAUGGCAUUCGUGUCUGAGAGACCUGUCUCAGAGGUUGUGGACUCAGGAUUUGAUCUGGCAUUUGUAGCCUACCCAGAGGCUCUCUCCAAGUUACCAGUUUCUCCUCUGUGGUCCUUCUUGUUUUUCUUCAUGCUCCUGCUCUUGGGCCUUGACUCUCAGUUUGCCACCAUAGAAACACUCACAACCACCAUACAAGAUAUAUAUCCCGAAGUGAUGAAAAAGUUAAGAAUCCCUUUAACCCUGGCUGUGUGCAUAUUGCUCUUCUGUCUUGGUCUUACUUGUGUUACUCAGGCAGGAAUUUACUGGGUUAACCUAAUAGAUCACUUUUGUGCUGGAUGGGGGAUCCUUAUUGCAGCUGUCCUGGAGAUAAUAGGCAUCAUCUACAUUUACGGAGGGAACAGGUUCAUCAAAGACAUUGAAAUGAUGAUUGGAAAGAAGAGUUGUUUAUUCUGGCUGUGGUGGAGAAUGUGCUGGUUUUUCAUUACUCCUGUGCUGUUAAUGGCAAUUUUGAUCUGGUCUUUGGUCACAUUUUCACCUCCCAGUUAUGGCUCAGUGUUCUAUCCAGCCUGGGGAACUGCUGUUGGCUGGUGCAUGAUUAUCUUCUGCGUCAUCUGGAUUCCCAUCAUCGCUAUUCUGAAAAUAGUUAAAGCUGAAGGAAACAUUUGUCAGCGCAUUGCAAGCUGCUGCAGGCCUGCUGCAAACUGGGGUCCCUACCUGGAAUGUCACCGAGGAGAAAGAUACAGCCACGUUAUAGAUACCAAAAAGGCAAAGGAACAUGAGAUUCCUACUGUGUGUGCCUUCGUAUACACUCAACAAUGA